AUGGGCAGACUCAUUAAAAACCACUGGGGUCGGUUGAUAAUUCUGACCGCGGCAGCCUACCAGGUUGCCAGCGCCGUCGAAGGCUUCAUUUGGCCGAAGGUAUUUUGGGACUUCGUCUCCAGAAACCUCGAUGCUGCCGUGGCCCCAGUUCCAGUCCUCCAAAUUUUGAACCUGAUAAUGGGGCUUGUUGGGAUAGCCUGGGAAUGGCCCUUGAAGCCAUUUGCUGGGUCGGGGUUACAUCGCAGCAUCCAAGGUAGACUCAUUUUAUACCCACUCAGCGCAUUACUCGCGGCGCUUCUAUAUCAAGGGACCGAUCCCGCUAUAUACUAUUUAAUUGGGAUAGGUGUUUAUUUUUGGGCUUACAGUGAAGGCGAGGUUGUUUGUCCGGAGCCUUGGACAUUGCCAAAACGACAUGGAUUACUUAAAGCAUAA